AUGCUACGCUCUUCAAUUGCGCCGAGUCGCCAGCUACUUUCGCCUACUGUUAGCCGUCAAUGGCUGCAAGCGUCUCGGAGAUGCUACUCCAGGGUGCGAAGCCCUGCUGCCGUUUCUAAAGGGAUUCCAGCCUUUACGCCCAGAGGCCAUGCGUUCACAACUAGUGCUAGACUCGCAAACGAUCCCAAUAUACGAUCACCGCCCUCGCCUUCGUCGGAAUCGACAAUCCCGCCUGAGAGUGUACCCCGGCCACCGCCAUCUCACCCUAUCCAGACUUCACCCGGUUCCACGAUCGAGGGUCGUACUCAACCUCCUCCCCCUCCGCCCGUGACUAACACUCCGCCACCACCACCUCCUCCUCCGCCUCCAGCUCCGAAGAAGGGCGGACGGUUACGACGAUUGUUGAUCUACCUAAUCCUUACUACCGGGCUCGCUUACGCCGGAGGGGUCUGGCUUUCCCUCAAAUCGGAUAACUUCCACGACUUCUUUACUGAAUACAUUCCGUACGGGGAGGAAGCCGUGCUUUAUGUGGAGGAGCAGGAUUUCCGUCGACGAUUCCCCAAUGCCACAAAGCAAAUCUCCCGCCGUGCAGUUGAGCCACGGGAUGAAGGUCAAAAUGUAACUAUUCCCGGCAAGAGUGGGGUUUCCUGGAGAGUCUCUGAGGGACAAAAGGAAACUAAGGAGGAUGGAAGUGAUGUGUCUCGAAGAGGCAAACACAUGAGCGCCACGGAAGCCAAUACGGCUAAAGAAGCGACCAAAACGUCUACUGUUGAGGAAACCAAAGCCAAGAAGCAGGUUGAAUCCGCUGCUCCCACCACUGAAAAGAAAUCUGCCUCUGAAACGGUGAAACCCGCUCUUGAAGAACCUAGAGCUCCAGCUAUUCCCACCAUUGAUUCAGUUGAGCCGCUUUCUAUGCUUGUGGACGAACCUACCGUUCAGGAGCUUACAAAGAUUGUUAACGACCUUAUUGCUGUGAUAAAUGCUGAUGAGUCGUCAUCCCGAUUUACAUCUACACUUUCCAAGGCCAAGGCGGAUUUCCAGAGACUCGGAGAACAGAUUGCUGUACUUAGACAAGACGCCCAAGACGCUGCACGAGUGGAAAUAGAAAAUGCGCGCGCGGAGAUGGAGAGAACAGCUAAUGAACUGAUUCGACGUAUCGAUGAGGUUCGCGCAGAAGAUGCAGCUCAGUUCCGAGAAGAGUACGAGAGCGAGCGCGAGAGAUUAGCAAACGCAUACCAAGAAAAGAUCAAGACUGAGCUCCAGAGAGUCCAAGAGGUGGCUGAGCAACGCCUCCGAAACGAACUUGUUGAACAAGCGAUAGAGCUCAACCGCAAAUUCCUUAGCGACGUACGAUCCCUUGUGGAAAAGGAGCGGGAAGGCCGUCUUAGCAAGCUUUCCGAGUUGACUGCCAACGUUGGCGAACUUGAAAAGUUGACUGCUGAAUGGAACAGUGUUGUGGAUACAAACCUGAACACCCAACAACUUCAAGUUGCUGUCGAUGCUGUUCGCAGCGCGCUCGAGAACUCAGAUAUCCCAAAACCGUUCAUUAAUGAGCUUGUUGCGGUGAAAGAGCUGGCAUCGGAUGAUCAAGUCGUUGACGCCGCUAUCUCAUCCAUCAGCCCGGUUGCCUAUCAACGAGGCAUUCCAUCUCCCGCUCAGAUUGUCGAAAGAUUUAGACGGUUAGCCACCGAAGUCCGUAAGGCAAGCCUGCUGCCCGAGAAUGCCGGUAUCGCCAGCCAUGCAGCCAGUUACAUGGCGAGCAAAGUUAUGUUUAAAAAGCAGGGUUCAGACGAUGGAGAUGACGUAGAAAGCAUUUUGACCCGGACUGAGAAUCUCCUUGAAGAGGGCAGACUUGAUGAGGCAGCGCGUGAAAUGAACUCGCUACAAGGAUGGUCCAAGAUACUGAGCAAGGAUUGGCUGGCGGAUGUAAGGAGGGUUCUUGAAGUGAAACAGGCUCUUGAGAUUAUCGAAACGGAAGCUCGUCUUCGGUGCCUUCAGGUUGAAUAG